UUUCAUGGGUGGAAGGGGAUGGAUGGGAAACGACGCGCGGGCGGGCGGGGUGGUGUUCGGCUACGCGGCGCCUCCGCCGUGUCCGACGGGGCCGUUGCAUCUCCGCCCCUCCCCCGCAAACCGCUUCAAUUUUCACCAAGUCAAGUACAAAGCACAAACUGGGAAGUAUUUUCGGCAGUAAAAAUAGGGUUUGUUGUGAGAUACGGAGUUUGUUUGUAAAUUAGAUGUUUUGGAAAAUCUAAAUACUAUCCCAUCUCAACCCAUCUCAAAAUAUAGUAUUUUUAUUAUAAUCUUAACAUGCAUUUGUUUAGAUUUAUAGUUAUAAAACUUAUUAUAUUCUAGAACAAAGUUAUGACUCCCUCUGUUUUAGCUUAUAAGACUUUUUUACUUUGGUCAAAGUCAAACUAAUCUAAGUUUGACUAACUAUCUAGGAAAAAAAUAGUAAUAUUUUUCUACAGAAUUAGUUAAAUUUAGAGAGAGUCAAAAAGUCUUAUAUUUGAAACGGAUGGAGUAUUUUCUUUCCAAGUCGAUUUGGAACAAAUAAAUUAGUAUUUUUCCCCUAAGUGAAUCAUUAGUUCAUUAACAAAAAAACUGGCCACAUAUUUUUAGCAAAUCCCAAAAAAGUUCUCUUUCUAUUGUUUCUCCAGCUGUAGCGACUAAUCCGAACCGUUGGUUGUGAUCGGACGGCAAAGAGAUAAUGAAACGAAUGGCUGGCUCUCAGGCAAUCGUGCUGCUCGCGCCUCGCCACUGAGCUCCAGUUUCCGAGCAGAUAGAGCGAGUUGUGGCGGGAAACCAAUGCCAUCCAACUGAAUCAGUGGAAGGCAACCACCACCACGGCCACGGCGAGCCACUGCCUGCCAAGAACGAAAGCUUUAGACGGUCACCUCAUCGGCGUCGCCGCCCGAUUUUCCCAUGGCGUCCCAGCCACUACGCCUCGUGAGGCCGAGCCCGCUCGCCGGCCGGCACGCGGCGGCGUGCAAGUGCUCCGCCGCCAUCCCGCUCGUCUUCGGGCGGCAGCGGCUGCCGCUCCUCGUCGCCUUCCCUCGCGGCUCCGGCUCCGGCUCCGGUUCCGGCGCCUCCUGCUCCGCCGUGCAGGAGUCGUCGUCCGCCGCCGCCGCCACGACUGUCAGUGAGAAGAAGGAUGCGGCCGAUGCCAAGAAGGAAGCCACCGCGGAGGCGAAGCCCGCAGCGAAGCCGGCCGCGAAGCCGAAGAAGCCUCCGGUGAAGCCGCUGCCGGAGAUGAUGCAGGAGGAGAUCAUCCCCCCGCUGAAGGCAGCUCUGGAGGCUGAGGACGACGUGUCCCAAGUGGAGCUCUCCUUCGAAGAUAAUAGGUUGGAGGGUUCCUUCAUAAAGGAUGAAGUGCCUUAUUACUUCUGGGCCUUCUUUCCAAAUGGAGACCUCACAGGACCGAAGGGCUUCGCGCUGUCAUCGUAUAGCACAGAAGUGAGCACCAUCGAGCCGUUCCUGAUCGACGAGAAGAGAGCAAACGCCAAGUAUGUGGUGUUCUGGGUUUACAAGAGGCUGGCUGGCCAAGGGAUCCUCCCUGUCUGGAAGGAAGAGGAGGGUGAGGGUGAGGGGGAGGGGGAGUCUUCAGCGUAGCCACUCAAAAACACACACACAUGGGCACAGGCUGCUCUGAAUAUAGUACAUUGUGCAAUUCCUAAUUGUGAAUGUUGUAAAGAUGUAAAGUUCAUCUGCUAAUAUAUCACAGAUAAUCUUGAUGUUCU